AUGUCGAACCUUUCUCCCGAAUUUCGUGAGUAUGAAGUUGAUGACCUCGAAGCUCUCAUGGGUGAAGGAUCGGAACCUCAAAUCCAUACUGGAGACGAGUUUGAUCUUCACCCUCAGAGUGAAUCGACUGUUGACUCCCUUGAUGAUCUCCGCAGACUAUGUCACAUCCCCCCUGAGGUGGAGAUGAUAGUUCCGGAGCCCUUCGAGUCUCCUGAGUCAGGGCGAGAAGGUUACUGCUGCGCCUAUGAAAUUUAUUUCAAAGGGUGCGGCUUAUUCUUUCACCUUCCCGAGAUACUUCUCGCUUACCUCAACCAUCUGGGAAUUGCCUUCUCUCAGAUGUCGCCCAACAUGCUCCGGUAUCUUUUAUGUACCUUUACUGUUGCGGCGGAGGCUGGCUAUUCGCUGGGACUUUGCGAACUCUUGGAACUUUUCCAGGCUCGUCCCCAAAUUCGACCGGUCCCAUCCAUCGAUUUUCUCAACUUCUACAAGGCCGUCUUGGAGAGGCCAGUUAAUUGGAAUUCCUUUACUUUGGAAAGGAUUCACGGUGCCGGAUUUUCUGUCAGAAUUGGCCUUACUAACCCCGUCGACCCUCCUCCUGCUGGGAUUGAUCUCUCGAGUCUGAAUGCUCGAGAUAGGAGAAAGAUCAAAGAAGCAAACAAGAAGAUCAAAGAUCAGAUUUCUCUAGUUGGGAGAGACAAGAAAAAUGCAACUUCCACCGGAGACGAUAAAGUCUACCGGAAAACUCUCCUGGUUGAAGAUGGAUCUCUUGAAGGUUCAAAGUCAAUGGCGGUUGCUGUGAACAAUGCUUCUCCCUCCAUCCCAGCAGCAGACAACGUGGUUGCUGCCACCGUUGAGGAGGAAGGCCUUGCAAGUGAUUCUUCUCUCAUGAAGAAGAGGAAGGGCGAAGAACUUGAACCCCUGCCCCAGGGACGUCCCAAGAGCACAAGGAAGGGCAGAGCCGCUCCUUCGAAUCUGCCAAUUCCUGAACCUACUGAAGCUCAGGAUGCAAAUCCUGAUUCAGGAACUGUUUUGAAGGAACCGCUGGGUUCAGGGAUGCUACCCCCUAGACGCCCCCGAGACAAUACUUCUAGGGUUCAAUCAUCUCCGAGCUCAGGACUGGUUGCCAGGGCUUCGUCCCAAGCAGACAAAGAGAAGAUCGGGAAUAGUUUUAGGUGCUUCCACACCCGUGUUGGGAAGAAGCUUCCAUCCUUUGAUUGGUGGAAGCCUGAUAUUAAGAAGAUGUACAUCAGUCACUCAUUCCAUUCUUCCCAGGAAACUCUGGAUGUGAAUGGCAUCGUCAACUUUUACGAAGAGGAACUUGCCAAAGUUUCCAAGAAAGUUGCCGCCGCUGAAGGAGAGAUUGAGAAACUGCAAUCUUCCAAUCGGCUUGUGCAGGAGACAGCUGGACUCGACUCGAUAGAGGACGGAAAAGUCAAUUUGGCUGAAGAGAAAGAGACGGUUGGUGCCGAGCUAGCUGAGACUGAAGCUAAGCUAAAUACCGCUCCUCAGCCAUAUUUGAAUUUGCAGCAGUUUGCUUCUGAGUUUGCUGAUUCCCCUCCGCUGACUGAACCAAAUAUUGGUUCGUCCUUGGACGAGAUGAUGUUAACCGGUUCUCCUAGCGCUCAUUUUAAUGAGUUCGGAACCAACGUUGACAGAAUCUCCUCGGGACGAGCCCAGGGGCCCUCUGAUCAGGGACUUGUCACCUCCUCGUUUAUGGGAGAUGAAGUUGAAUCGAGGAACGAAACUCCUCAAAACGUUAGCUCGCUUAAUCCUGAAGUGGUUCUCGCGACUCAAGACGAUGACGUCGGGGGUGCUCUUGUCUCAAGUCAAGCAAGAGAAGAAGGCGGUUCGCCUAUGAAAGAAUGA